GUUGCGCAGAGUUCACUUUUCCGGUGGGAAGAAUUUAGUCAGAGCGCAGCGUUCGCUUCAGCUGGAGAAUUUGAAUUUUGAGUUUUGGUGUUUUGCCCUCUGAGGAGAAACCCGGCCCACAGUCAUGUCCACGCUCUUCCCCUCGCUGUUUCCACGAAUGACUGAGUCUCUGUGGUUCAAUCUGGACCGGCCAUGUGUGGAUGAAACAGAGCUUCACCAGCAAGAGCAGCAACACCAGACAUGGUUACAGAGCAUUGCUGAGAAGGACACCAACCUGUUGCCCAUUGGAAGACCCAUCUUUGAGACAUUUGAUGAGGAGGAAGAGGAAGAUGAUGAAGAUGAGGAGGACAGUGAAGAAGACUCUGAAGAAGAUGAAGACAUGCAAGACAUGGAUGACAUGAACAUUUACAACGAGUUUCCUGAUGAUGGAGAGAUAAAUGAGGUUGACAUGGAGGGCACAGACCAAGACCAGGACCAGUGGAUGAUCUAAACCUGAGCGGUCAGUCUUCUACCUCCUGAUCUCUCAUCAGAAAGCAGAGUGGCUCUGUGGGAAGAAUAGGUGUUCAUCUGCUCAGCCUGGAGUCCAAGUGUGUUCUGUGUUGGAGAUUUUUUGUUUGUUUAUUGUUUUUGAUCUUUAACGUCUCCGUACACUGUAUAAUGCAGUUUUUGGACAGCCUUUGGAGGGUGGGUGACUAAGCCUCAUGUUUCUGCAGAACAGCUCCAGGUGCCAACCAACCGUGACUUGCCUUUUUAUGAGAAUCAGCAGAGAAUACUUUGCAUUGUUCAGGGAAACAAGAUCACGAGGUCUCAUGUGUAGUCUGUUGCGUUGUAGCUAUCAGGUUGUAACCCACUCAAGGACAGGCGGCUCAAAAAAACAAACACGCACACAGUCGUGUCUUUCAAAGCCAUUGUUUCUCCAAAUUACUGCUUUAUUUUGUGUCACAUGUCAGGCAAUAGAGACCACUAAACCUUGAGUGUGAGAAAGAGUGUGAUUUCUUGAGGUCAUUAUACUCGGUCUGCAUUUUAAUGGAAAACUAGAUGACCAGACUAACUGAAUGAUGUCAGGAAACUGACAUGCAGAGUUUGGAUUCAUGUUGUUUGUACAGCAGUGUAUUUUUACUUGUAUAAAGAGUCAAAGCUGUGUUUGUAAAUAAACAAAACUUGUGUGAAGUAGA